UUUCUCUCACUCCAAUAUUCGCCAAUUUCUUUCUGAACGAUGGAUUUGAGGAUUGAUAUGCAGCGGGCUUCCUUUGCUCAAAUUGGCAAUCUCGGGCUUCUGCUCCUAUGGCAUAUUCUACACCUUUUUGUCAGCAUAUGGUACUUUCUAUUGGGUUUAGCUUAUGUGCUUCAAAGCUAUCUUAUUUCUGGUGGAGUACUCAAGAGCUACAAAGCCCUUAAUUUGGCCAAGCUACGGUACCUGGCAAUUGUGAUAGAAAGUGAAGAAGCUUACCAAACAUCAAAAGUAAUUGAGCUGCUGCAGUGGCUAGAAGCUAUUGGUGUGAAGCGUGUGUGCCUCUACGAUACAGAAGGAGUGUUGAAGAAAUCAAAAGAAGCCAUCUUGAAUAAACUGAAAAACGCAAGCGAAUUUAAGGCUUAUGAAGAUUUAGUCGAUCAAAACCGCAUGUCUCUGGAAUUUUCUUCAUUUUCUGAUGGAAAAGAAGCUGUAACCAAAGCAGCUAACUUACUUUUUGUGAAGUAUUUGAAGUUGGCCAAAUCAGUUGGAGAUCAUGAAGAGAAAAUCUUUACAGAACCUGACAUGGAUGAGGCACUAAAAGCUAUUAGUUGUAGAGGGCCAGACCCUGACCUCCUAUUGGUUUACGGACCUGCAAGAUGCCACCUUGGUUUCCCUGCAUGGAGAAUUCGAUAUACUGAGAUUGUACAUAUGGGACAUUUGAACUCUAUGAGAUAUGGUUCCCUAAUUAAAGCCAUCUACAGGUUCACCACUGUGCGCCAGAACCAUGGUAAAUGAUAUAGCAGUUGGAAGUUCAUAGCUUGGAUAAAUGAUGGCUUAUACAAAGAGUUCUCAAAGUCCAAGUCUGCUUACCAUCUUCCUUGUACCCUAAUUACGUAAACAAUAAUCUUGCUUAUGUACCAGACAUCCAUUAUGUUAUAAGUUAUAACCAGUAAUCUUCACCCAA